UGCCCUGCCUGCCGCCAACGGCCCGGUGCCCGGGCCCUAUGGCCUGCCUCCCCAAGCCGGCAGCACCGACUCCUUGAGCACCAGCAAGAGCCCUCCAGGAAAGAGCAGUCUUGGCCUGGACAACUCGAUGUCCACGUCUUCCGAGGACCCGCACUCAGGCUGCCCGAGCCGCAGCAGCUCGUCGCUGUCCUUCCACAGCACGCCCCCACCGCUGCCCCUGCUCCAGCAGAGCCCUGCCACUCUGCCCCUGGCCCUGCCCGGGGCCCCGCCCCCGCUCCCGCCCCAGCCGCAGAACGGGUUGGGCCGGGCACCUGGGGCAGCAGGGCUGGGGGCCAUGCCCAUGGCUGAGGGGCUUUUGGGGGGGCUGGCAGGCAGUGGGGGCCUGCCCCUCAAUGGGCUCCUGGGGGGGUUGAACGGGGCUGCUGCCCCCAACCCUGCGGGCUUGAGCCAGGCUGGCGGGGCCCCCACGCUGCAGCUGCCAGGUUGUCUGAACAGCCUCACCGAGCAGCAGAGACACCUCCUCCAACAGCAAGAGCAGCAGCUCCAGCAACUCCAGCAGCUCCUGGCCUCCCCGCAGCUGACCCCGGAACACCAGACCGUCGUCUACCAGAUGAUCCAGCAGAUCCAGCAGAAGCGGGAGCUGCAGCGACUGCAGAUGGCCGGGGGCUCCCAGCUGCCCAUGGCCAGCCUGCUGGCAGGAAGCUCUACCCCGCUGCUGUCCGCGGGCACCCCUGGCCUCCUGCCCACAGCGUCUGCCCCACCCCUGCUGCCUGCUGGAGCCCUGGUGGCUCCCUCGCUUGGCAACAACACAAAUCUCAUGGCCGCAGCAGCGGCAGCGGCAGCAGUGGCGGCGGCAGGCGGCCCUCCGGUCCUCACUGCCCAGACCAACCCCUUCCUCAGCCUGUCGGGGGCGGACGGCAGUGGCGGUGGCCCCAAAGGAGGGACCGCUGACAAAGGAGCCUCAGCCAACCAGGAAAAAGGCUAACUCCACCCACACUCCUCCUGACCUCCCGAGUGGAGGGGCAGAUCCUGGCCUGAGGGGUCCUCACUGGGGCGGGCACCUGCGCCCAGACACUGGAGAGCCCGGGCCCCAGCGUGCUGAGGUCCAGGGAGUGUGGGGAACGCCUGUGGAGGAUGAGACUGAGAGGGGAGUCUGUUCCCUUUCUGCACUGUCCCCUGUGUGACAGGCUAAGAGGAAGGACAGGCUCCAGGUCUGCCUAGGAGUUGCCACCCUCAGCAAAUGUUGUGGGGUCCCCAGAGGAGGUGGGCUGUGACAUAAGUGGGGGUUGGUUGGACCUGCCACGGAGAUGAGUGGGGAACCAGGGGCGGCACUUGAGUGGGAUGAGGAGGAGGGCUAGGCCCUGGGCCUGUCCCUGUAUGGGAACCCAUGGAAGCAGGGCUGGCCUGAUCCAGCCCUCAGCUUCUCCCUCGCCUGGGCAGAGGCCAAAGGGCCUGGACUGUUUCCCUCCCACCAGGGGUCUCGAGCUGAGCUUGUAGAAGCCCGUGGAUGAAGGGAGCCAAGCUAGAGCAGGAUGGUGUCACACUCAGCGGGAGCCUUCCCGACCUCCUGGGCUUCCAGUGGUGGGGAGGGAGGGCAGGUGGGGGGAGGCCCAGCCUUCCUCGGUGCCCCACCCCUUGUUUGCACUAUUGGAUUUAGGAGUGCCGAGGGAGGGGGGACGGAGCUGCCCGACUCAUGCGUGAGAGUGUGUGCGCGUGUCUGUCUGUUCCCCUGGACUUGGGGCAGCCAAGGGCAGGGAUAGGAGCAUUGGUCAGAGGAAGCAGCAUGGGGGAAGGGGCUCCCAGCUCUUGUUUGCACCCUCCCCAUCUUACCAAUUUUGUCCCUCUCUGGGCACGAAUGGUUAACAGAAGCCAGAACACUCCUCCAGUACUGGAGAGCCGCUGGGGGCUGGGGUUUUUGCAUCAGGGUAAA